AUGCCUUACCACGCGGAAUGGGAAGAGUACAUCAAGCACUUCCGAGAGAAUCGGCGUUUGCUUGUCGCCCGCAACAUUGAUUUCAAUGCUACUCGGGCUGAAUUUGAAGAUCAUGUCCGAGCCAGGCUCACCAAGCCCGGCUCCGUCAUCUUCCUCUGGCCGCCAGCUCCAGCCCAGUACAACAACUUCAACAACCACAUAGGCUGGAUGAUGCUUGGGUUCAACCACCGGCCCGAUGCUAGGAUGGCUCAGGAUGACCUCGCGAACUAG